AUGAAUUCCAUGAUCGACUGUUUCGACUCCUCUGCCUCCAAGUCAGCUUUCACGGAGUUCCAGCAAUUUCACCAGUUCCAUCACCAUUACACGACCGGUGUUCCGGCAGUAUCGGCGGCAGCCCCCUUCUCCUGCACCACGCCAACGAUGCCGUCUCCGUACUCUGCCGUACCACCACCCCCACCGCCGCACUCGGGCAUACCGCAGUAUGCUCCGACAGCCCCACGGUCCAUGGGCCAGCCCACGGUGCCUGAGUCACCUUAUAACAACUCAGCAACCUCAAUGCAGCACCAAGUCAGACAUCUCGGCUACUCCUUUCCGUUGAGUCCCAUGGGGAACCACCCAAAUCACCAUCCGGCAUACAAUCAUCAUUAUCCUACUCCAAAACGAGAUGAUUACUCGCUUCAACAUAAAGGUAGUGCCGACGACGAUGACGAGAUUCUAACCAAAAUCAACAGCAAGGGAAAGAAACUACGGAAGCCAAGAACAAUCUACUCCAGCCUCCAGUUGCAGAAACUCAACCACAGAUUCACCAAGACUCAGUAUCUGGCACUGCCUGAGAGAGCCGACCUGGCAGCUUCGCUCGGACUCACUCAAACUCAGGUAAAGAUUUGGUUCCAAAACAGACGCUCCAAAUACAAGAAGAUACUGAAGCAGCAUGGAUCUACGCCUACUAGCAGCACAGGAAGUCAAGACAGCGAACAAGAUCCACCACAGAGUCAAACACCGGCAAGUCAACAGGGGUCCCUCAGCCCAGCUCCCCCGCAAGCCUCAGUGCCCCACCCGCAAGGUGCCCCCGCCAUGUCCGGUACAAGUACCGGGCUCGGUGGUUACAGCAGCCAACAGCAUGCCCCGUCACACCACCUCCACCACCAGAUGCAGACUGAUGGGAGCUCGACGCACUCCAGCCCGGUACCCCAAUGGGACUAUGUAGGGGAGAUGUUUCCCCCUCCCGCAGUACGAUCAUCUUCAGGGACAGUAGAAACUAAUUACCCAUUUCAUCAUCAGCAGCAGCACUACCAGCAACAUCACUACCCAUGGUUCGGUGGGCAGGACGGCACGUCGGGCAUGUCUGCACAACAGCACAUGGUGGCGUCAGCCCCUCAGUAA